ACAAAAUUACCCUUUUGCCCCACUUUGCUCCUCCGUUUCAAAAUAAAGACCCCGUGCUUCCGUACGGCUCUCUCCUACCUCACUGAUUGGCGAAACGAAACUCUUCCGUCCUCCCCGACGCUUUUUCCCUAUCAUCUGCAACCGUUUUCUUCCGCCGAUGGCCGCCGCCGCCGAUUCUCCGGCCACCGAUCACAAUUCAGCAAUGAGCAGCCGGAAUCCGGAAGUUCUGUGGGCGCAGCGCUCCGAUAAAGUGUACUUGACAGUAGCCUUGCCGGACGCUAAGGACAUAUCGGUGAAAUGCGACCCCAAGGGUUUGUUCAGCUUCUCCGCUCGCGGGAAACAGGGUGAAAACUUCGAGCUCAAUCUCCAGCUCUUCGCUCCCAUUCUCCCCGAGAAAUGCAAAACUAAUGUGGGGUUAAGGAACACAAUCUGCUCGAUUCAGAAAGAGGAGAAAGGGUGGUGGAAAAGAUUGUUGAAGUCGGAAGAGAAGCCGGCACCUUACAUUAAAGUUGAUUGGAACAAGUGGGUGGAUGAAGAUGAUGAGGAAUCAACUCUUGACGAAUUUUCGGACGAAGAUGACACUGUUGCGGAUGAUGAGGAUGCUGAAAGCAAUGACGACGAAGGAAUGCUUUACCUUCCUGAUCUGGAGAAGGCUAGAGGAAAGUGAGCUGAUUCUUAUGGAUGGUGCUGCCAAGGUUGGUUUAUGUGAAUAGAGCCAUUAGCUGCCUGCAACUCCAAUGUCCUCCCUCUUUGUCUGAAUUUAGCUAGGAGUAUAUGCUGUUGAGAAGCUUAGCUUAGCUUAGCGCUCCUCUGGUUUUGACUACCAAUAGUACUAAUUAGUAAUCGCUGUAACUUCGCCUGAGCUCUUGUUUCUUGUUUGAAUCUAAUCGUAGUAUAUGUCAAAUGUUAGCAGAAGGCUCUAGCCUUUCCUUUUCACUUUUAACUCCUUAAGUAGUCCAAAAGUCUGAUAAACUAGUACGUUGGGGUUUCAGUUUCUACCUUUCUGUGAGCAAGUAGUUGGUCAUUUUCAAUCACUUUGACCGUCGCUUGAAACAGUAAGAACAGCGGUUCGCUAGCUUGGUCUAGUAUUUAGUUGAGUUUAAGUAGGGGUGUCAUGUGUGCUACGGUUUAGUCUGGAGCGGACCAAAUUUAGGAGAACCCCUAUUCUAUAGUGAAAGAUUGUACCAACAAUGCAUUUGGUCUGCAUUGAUUCGAUUCAUUUUUCUUCAGUGGUUUAUUGUAUCAGAGCCUCGACUAAAG